AUGGGGUGCUGCAGCAGCAAGAGCGUCGAUUCCGAUGUGACCCGCCUCGCACGGUGGCGCUCCACCGGAAUUAGAUUUCCAGAUGAAGUUCUUGAUUUAGAAAGAUCAGUCCGCACUGUUGAUUUCACUCACAACAAAUUAGUUGAUAUCCCAACGGAAAUAAGCAAAUUGAUUAACCUGCAGAGGCUGAUUUUAGCUGAUAACCAUAUAGAGCGUCUUCCAAUGAACUUGGGGAAACUUCAGUCUUUAAAAGUUUUGACACUUGAUGGAAAUCGAGUUAGCACAUUGCCUGGUGAAGUGGGUCAACUGGUGAAACUGGAGAGGCUAUCAAUAUCUAGAAAUUUGUUACAAGAUUUACCUGAUACUAUCGGGAGCUUGCGUAAUUUGGUGAUAUUAAAUGUGUCGAACAACAAGAUAAAGUUUCUUCCCGAAUCGAUUGGUAGUUGCUUCUCUCUGGAGGAAAUUCAAGCUGAUGACAAUUUUAUAGAAGAACUUCCAUCUUCAGUGUGCAAUCUUGUUCAUCUCAAAUCGCUCAGCUCGAACAAUAACAACAUGAAGCAGAUACCUCCAAACUUAUUGAAAGACUGCAAAAGUCUACAGAACAUAUCCCUGCAUGGCAACCCCAUCUCGAUGGAUUAUUUUGAAAAGAUGGAAGGAUUUCAAGAUUUUGAAGGCAGGAGGAGAAGGAAGUUUGACAAGCAGAUUGACUCAAAUGUUAUGCUCAAUUCCAAAGGCCUUGAUGAGGGUGUUGAUCUGUGAAUGCUUGCUGCUGCAAUUUUGUGAAGUAGCUGUUGUGGAGGCGUGAAUAUAUUUGAACCGAGACGAGGACCAACAUGUGGUUAGCCAUUACUGGAGAUUUAUUUAUUAUUGAGAUUUUAGUGCUCUAGCUAUGUACAAAUGUUGCUUUUCUUAUAUUUUGAUUGGGAUCGUGUAAUAAACUGCUGGAAAGCUAUAAGCCCUGGUCAAGUUUUAAAAGAACACCAAUCUGUAACAUUAUAUAACUUCAAUAUAUGAGAACAAUAUUAUUAUCAUUGCCUGUAUUUUGUAUACAUGCAUACAGUAGUCUGUUGCAUCUCAGGUAGUUUUUUUACUGGAACAUCCAUUUGGGGUGAAAGUUGCCCAAACUCAUUACUCGAGGGACCAAACUAAAACAAAAAUAUUUAUAUUAGGACCCCGUAUGAACCGAACAAAUCAUGCACAGGGUGGAUAGAUGAAGGUACAAAGAGAUGCAUGAGUUGGUGAGGGAGUUUUGGUUCGGGUUGUGGGUUGGAGUGAGGCUCGUCGACUGCAGUAGCCUCCGGCCAUAGCAUGGCUAUUGCAUCAGACAAGUACUGAUCGUCAAGCUCCGGAAAAUGAAAAUCAUCAACAUUUUCUGACAUGUUAACUAAAUCUUAANG